UCCACACUCCCCAUACGCAUCUGUGGACAUCCAUUCUUCCCCAACUUGGAUUAUCUGCUUCUUCCUUCUGUUCAUUUCCUCUAAUGAUUCUCUGAUUUUAAAUAAAGUUUCGUCAUGGAUAGAGAGAUGGUGAGAGGAGCAGACGGCGUUGUAUGGAUUGAAGGAGAGCAAGAUAAUUCGGAUUCUUGGACCAGAAACACCGGCAACAAUGGAGGAAGCAAUGGGAUGGAGUCUAGAGAGGAGCCAGAUAUUGCCUUCAUAAAUGGUUCCUUCUCGACCUUUAAACCCAUGCUCCAGACAAAUGUUGACUGGUACAUGAACCCACCGCCACCACCUUCUCAUCACCAUGACAUUCAGAGCAGCCAGGAUAUCGGAGAGCUCUCGUUCUAUGCAAACCCAUCCGCUGAAACGCUUCUAUUGCAGCAUUCCAUGGACGACUCCUCUUCAUGCUCUCCGUCGCAGCCAUUCACUCUCGACCACACGCUGUCCCAGUCCUCAUUCUUGACACCAAAAACUGGUUUCUCUUCUCUCCUCAACGUCCCCUUCGACAAUGGCUUCGAUUUCGGGUCCGAAACAGCUUUCUUCUCUCAAUUUCAGCCUACCCAUGUCCCGAAUCUGACGGGUUUCAGCAGUCCAGACUUUCAAGCAGCCCAGCUGCACCCGGUUUCCGAUGGCAGCGGAAGCGGUGGUUAUGGUGUUUUCGGAGGUUUUGAUAAUACUCUGUCUUUUAACAGAGGAGCCAAAGCUUUGCGGCCACUGGAAGUCUCGCCUCAACCCACUUUGUUCCAAAAGCGGGCAGCUAUGCGGCAGAGCUCUGAUAAAUUGGGAAACCUUGAGGUCUCUGGCCUGAGAUAUGAAGACUUGGAGAGGGAAAUGAAGAGGACGAGGAGUGAAGAGGGAGAAAUGGAGGAUGCCAGCAUGGAUGUUUCUUGUUUGAAUUAUGAUUCCGAUGAACAGAAGGACGAGAGUACGAAGUGCACUUCGAAUGCAAAUAGGACAGUGACGGGAAAUGGUGGUGAUUUGAAGGGGAAGAAGAAGGGGAUGCCGGCGAAGAAUCUGAUGGCUGAGAGGCGGCGGAGGAAAAAGCUCAACGACAGGCUCUACAUGCUAAGGUCUGUAGUACCCAAGAUCAGCAAGAUGGAUAGAGCUUCAAUACUUGGGGAUUCCAUUGAUUACUUAAAGGAGCUUCUUCAGAGGAUCAAUGAUCUUCACAAUGAACUGGAGUCAACCCCACCUGGUUCUAUGCUGCCAUCAUCAACAAGCUUCCAUCCUUUGACACCCACCCCAUCCAUGCUUCCAUUCCGUGUCAAAGAAGAACUAUGCCCUAGUUCAUUGCCAAGCCCUAAAGGCCAGCCUACAAGGGUGGAGGUUAGGGUAAGAGAGGGAAGGGCUGUCAACAUCCACAUGUUUUGUGCUCGGAGGCCAGGCCUUUUGCUCUCCACCAUGAGGGCUUUGGACAGCCUCGGAUUGGACAUUCAGCAGGCUGUCAUCAGCUGUUUCAAUGGUUUUGCAUUGGAUGUGUUCCGAGCUGAGCAAUGUAGGGGAGGCCAGGAUGUCUUGCCGGAGCAGAUCAAAGCAGUACUUCUGGAUUCGAUUGGCUUUCAUGGUAUGAUGUAGGUGGGGGAUUUGGGGGCUCCGCAAUUCCCUAGAGUCUACAAUUCAUAUCCAAUGGUGAAGAAAAAAUCAUACAAAUUUUAAAAAUGAAAAAACAAAAAUGUGGUGUGAUGUGACACAUCUCUCACGCCAUUGGAUUCGAAUUGUAGACUCUACAAUUUGAAACUAAUUGCGGAGCUCCCAAAUCCGUAGGUGGGAUAGUUGAAAUCCAUGAUCAUCCAUCAAAACUGAGGAACUGACUUUAGUUCAAUUACUUGUAGCUUCACUAGCUUAUGGUAUGUUUCUGCUUUAGUUAUGCUGCUAAUGCAUAAUGAAAUAUCCUGUGUUAUUUUCUUCUUCUGUAAUAAAAUCUCCUCUUAGGAUUUAUUUA